AUGGCCAAUUCACUACGCCGCCGAGGCCCGACCGGCAACGAUACACCAUCCGAGACAACACCCGCCCCGACACCUACGCCCCGCGGCGGGAGCUCCUCGCGAGAAGCCAACGAUCCGACCUUCAAGCCCAACAGCAGCAGCCAUGGACACCACCGACCAAAGGCCCGCAAGCGCAAGUUUACCGGCAUCUUCUUGCUGGGCAGUCUGUUCGGCAUCAUCGCCGCAGGCUUCUUCGCCAAGAGCAACGACUUGAUCGACUUCCCCGAGUUCGGGGAGCUGAGCAUGGACAAUCUGCUGGAUGUGCUGCCCGCCGGGCUGGUAAAGGACAUGAGGGAUCUGAUUGUCGGAGAACGCGCAUUUUUGGAGAGUUACGACUCAUUUGCGGUCGGGCUGAAGGUCCGCUCGGAGGGGUUGUCGGCCUACCAUCCCAUGGUGAUGGUGCCAGGUGUGAUCUCGACUGGUCUGGAGUCAUGGGGCAUUACGAAUGCCUCGCUGCCGUACUUUCGCAAGCGGCUCUGGGGCAGUUGGAGCAUGAUGCGCGCGCUGGUGAUGGACAAGGAGGGCUGGAAGAGGCACAUCAUGUUGGAUAAAAAGACGGGUCUCGACCCCCCGGGAAUCAAGCUGCGCGCGGCGCAGGGCUUUGAUGCGACGGACUUCUUCAUCACGGGCUAUUGGAUAUGGAACAAGAUUGUCGAGAACCUGGCGUCGCUGGGCUACGACCCGAUCAACUCGUACACGGCCGCAUACGACUGGCGCUUGGCCUACCGCGACCUCGAGACGCGCGAUCACUACUUUUCCCGAUUGAAAGCCCACAUCGAGAUGGCCGUGAGACUGCAGAACCGCAAGGUUGUGCUCACCUCGCACAGCAUGGGCAGUCAGGUAGUCUUCUAUUUCUUUCAUUGGGUUGCUUCGGAUCAGGGAGGUAAGGGCGGCGAUGACUGGGUCGAAAACCACAUCGAAUCCUGGAUCAACGUCAGCGGAUGCAUGCUUGGCGCUGCAAAGGACAUCUCAGCCGUGCUCUCAGGCGAGAUGCGCGACACGGCCCAACUAAACGCCUUCGCGGUCUACGGCCUCGAGAAGUUCCUCUCCAAAGCCGAGCGCGCCGAAAUCUUCCGCGCCAUGCCCGGUAUCUCAUCGAUGCUUCCAAUCGGCGGCAACGCAAUCUGGGGCGACCUUGACUGGGCACCGGAUGACCGUCCGGGUCAGGAACACAGCUUCGGCUCGUUCCUCAACUUCCGCACAGACCAGAAUUUCACCGUCCCGCGCCGCAACUUCACUGUCGAGGACGCCAUGAACUACCUCUUCGAGACUGCCGAGCCGUGGUGGGUCGACCAGGUCAAGCGCAGCUACUCGUGGGGUAUUGCGCGCACAGAGGCUGAGGUCGCAGCCAACGAGCACGAUCCACGGAAGUGGAUCAAUCCGCUUGAGACGCGCCUGCCGCUUGCGCCGAGUCUAAAGAUUUAUUGCUUCUACGGUGUGGGCAAGCCCACUGAGCGCGGGUACUUUUACCGGUCGCCGGAGCCUGGGUCGGGCACAACGCUCAACAUGACGAUCGACACGGCUGUGACGACGGCCAGCGGGAUGGUUGAUCACGGUGUUGUCAUGGGCGAGGGUGAUGGCACUGUGAAUCUCAUGAGCACUGGGUUCAUGUGUAAUCGUGGAUGGAAGAUCAAGCGGUACAACCCGGCAGGCGUGAAGAUCACGGUCGUUGAGAUGCCCCACGAGCCGGAGAGGUUUAACCCGCGUGGCGGCCCAAAUACUGCAGAUCAUGUGGAUAUCCUGGGGCGGCAGAACCUGAAUGAGUUUAUUCUGAGGAUUGCGGCCGGACAGGGGCAUACCAUCCGCGAUCAUGUGGUGAGUAACAUCAAGGACUAUGCCGCCAGGGCGAAAGUGUAUGAAGAGGAUGAGUACUAG